AUGGCGGCCCCGCCUUUCGAUAAGCCACUUGGUCACGACUGCCCUCCCGAAUCAUGGAUCAAGGCGAUCACCUGGAGGCCAUGCCAACUGACUGUUGGCGACAGGCUCUUCUCGGGCAAAUAUCACGUUGUGCUCGAAUCCCAGCAACCCCGAAUGGCCUUCAAACUCCACAACAAAGCCCGAGGCCAAGUGGUAUUCACGGCCAAGAACUGCUCUAUCGAGACCGGCUUUGAGCAAGAUACGCCGGACCUUGUCAAUCAGCAUCGUGGCCAAUUUGAACUGAAAGGCGGCCUGCUCUCGUUCAUCAAGAUUCGGCCCUCCGUCCCACCAGCAAUGCCCUCCAAAGCAACGGUAUGCGAAACUGCCAAAGCGUCUUUGAUGGCCCGACUUCUCGAGUGCGGCUACCCGUCUACAUUGCUCAGUGUCAACUAUCGGAAUCACCCGCAAAUCCUCGAGCUUUUCAACAGUACUAUCUACAAGGGCACAUUGCGACCCGGUCCAAGUAACAGCGAGCCCGAGCGCGUGAGGGACACGUGGGACGAUUUCACGAGCAAGCGCCACCAUUUCCACGGUCAAUUCUUAGCUGGUGUUCGGCGCUUGUUCAUCAGUGUCAUUGGAAAUGCCACGAGGGAGGAGCAUGGCACGUCGUUCGAGAACGUAUUGCAAGCAGCGGUCAUUCAGGAUCUCUUGGCUGAACUAUACUCCUUUACCACCGCCGGGGAUCAGAGUAUCAGGGCUGGAGAUGUGAUGAUCAUCAGCCCGUACAAAGUUCAACGCCGGCUUAUUUCACGCACCCUAGGUGAAAGUGGCCUGGAAGCCCGCAACAAUCUAACAUUCGACGCUGCUCAAGGGCAAGAGGCACCCAUUGUCCUGCUUUCCUUGGCAAAGCCCGGGGAGGUAGCGACCAGUCUGGGCUUCAUGGCAAAUAAAGAAAGACUGAACGUCGCGUUGAGCCGGGCCCAAAAGGUCUUGAUUGCGGUUGGCAAUUUGUCAGUAUGGGGUGAAGGAUUUGUCAAGUCUCUCGCAGCCAAGAACAAUUCAGGAAAGGUGCUUCGAGAGCUUCUGAUGGACGUCAAGCAAAGAACCACGUCCUCACAUGGGUUGAUAAGCGUAUGCCCAAUUCGACCUACCAUACCUGCUAAUCAACCUCGCCACACAAAUCCAAUCUCGAACCAGGAUGCCAUGGAGAUUGACGCCCCCGAUGAAGGGCCACCUGCCAUCCGGCAUGCUUCCCAGGGAGGCCUACUUCCGCCUGUUUCGCUGCCUUUGCGCCCCCCUCCCCCUAUGGCGGAGCAAAUGAGGAUGGAAGACCUUCAAGUCCUCGAAUCAAGGAGGCAAAGGUCUCUGGAAGAGUCCCGCGUCUUCCAGAAACAAGCUGCGCUUUCCCAGACACAAGCGCAGUGGUACGAUAGGCAGAUACAGGAGUUUCAACGUAGGCGAGGUGGAAGAGACGAGCGUUCUCGAAGCCCCAUGCGACGAAUGGCUUCAGUCAUGUAG